AUGGAAGAGCUCACCGCGUUCGUGUCUAAGUCUUUCGAUCAGAAAGUGAAGGAGAAGAAGGAAGUGAUAACCUACAGGGAGGUGUUGGAGACCGGGUCGACGCGAGCAGGAAGCAGGGAGUCUUUAACCGCGGAGCAGCCCGGGAGCCGAGAGGAGGCUGCGGCCGUCACCCGGAACGGUGCGCUCUCGCCGGGCAGGGAAACGGACAUGCUCGGCCCGGAGAGAAUCAGGGAUGCCGGGAGCCCCAAACUAAUAGACGGCAACACGGACGUGAAGGAGAGGAAAGAGGACUCCAAGCCUCUGGAGGACGAGGCACAGACGAAAAUCAAACAGAGGAGAAGUCGGACUAACUUCACGCUGGAGCAGCUCAACGAGCUGGAGCGGCUCUUCGACGAGACCCACUACCCGGACGCCUUCAUGCGGGAGGAGCUCAGCCAGAGACUGGGACUGUCGGAGGCCCGAGUACAGGUUUGGUUCCAGAACAGAAGAGCCAAAUGCAGAAAGCAGGAGAACCAGUUACAUAAAGGAGUCCUGAUUGGAGCAGCGAAUCAGUUUGAAGCUUGUCGUGUUGCGCCAUAUGUCAACGUGGGGGCUUUGCGGAUGCCAUUCCAACAGGAUAGUCAUUGCAACGUGCCGCCCUUCUCCUUUCAGGUGCAGGCGCAACUGCAGCUGGACAGCGCCGUGGCCCACGCGCAGCACCACCUGCACUCUCACCUGGCGGCGCACGCGCCCUACAUGAUGUUCCCCGCGCCGCCGUUCGGGCUGCCGCUGGCGACGCUCGCGGCAGAGUCCGCGUCCGCCGCCUCCGUCGUGGCCGCCGCCGCCGCCGCCAAGAACACCAGCAAGAACUCCAGCAUCGCCGACCUGAGACUGAAGGCCAAGAAGCACACGGCCGCGCUGGGACUGUGA